AUGGUCUACGACUGGGAAAACAAGGAAGAAGUAUGCUAUCGCAUGUAUAUUGAAGAGAAGAAAUCCCUCGAGGAUAUCAUGGAAUUUAUGAAGGAACACUACAAAUUCAAUCCAAGUAAGAGGGCGUUCCAAACGCAGUUCAAAAAAUGGGAUUUUCCAUCCAAGCAACACCCGGCCCAUAAAAACUUAGCACUUGUGCAGCGCGUUAAAGAGCUGUGGGACUGUAACACCUCUCAGCGAGAUAUGCUUCAUACUUUAAAUAAAGAAGGAUUCGAAAUCAAGGAACGAGAGCUCAUGCGGGUCCGGGCAAAAAAUAGAUGGCUACUUCGAGUUCCUAAUAGCAUUAAAAGCAAAAAGAAAACUAGUGAUCAUGAUGUCAUUUCUCAGUUACAACAAGCUCUUUAUCCUGAUAGGCCUGUAACAGACGGGGCGACUGAUAGUGGAGCUCUGAAUGAAAUCUCAAUACAAGCUCCGCUUGAGUAUCCUAAUGAAACAGUAUCACCACCACUUAGCCCAGAAGUUAUUAAAAAAAGACAAGAACGGCUGUCAAAGUUACAAGCAGAAUCAGCCGAGCGCUGGGCCAUGAGAAAGAGACGUCGCCGAACUCGUGGCUGGGCAGGCCUACCCGCCGAUCCACCGGGCCCCCCGCGGUUUCCUUCAGAAACAACCAUUGAUGAAAGUAAAGUCUUUUUAAAUCUUGACAAUACCCUUUAUCGCGAUAUUCGGUCUCAUUUCCAGCGUAUUUGUGAGGACUCGAAUAUUACAAAAAAGACAAUUGCUGGUCCAGAAAGAUGGGAAGCCGCUAAAGAUAGGCUGAUACAGGAGAGCCCACAUCUGCGGAAUUUAUUCUGGACCAAUGAAGAGAAUCAAGAUGUAAAAAAACUUGCUUUAGAUGUAGUCUGCAGCGAUGUUACGAAACGAAUGCGUACCCUAGAGCGUCGAAUGACUAUAGCAGAAGCUAAGAAUACCUUGAGCGUGAAUCCCGAACAAUCCCGACAACUUCGCAAUUCAUUUUAUCAAGUUCUUAAAGCCGAUCAUUUUACCAGCAAGCUCGAGGCUGGAGAGCAACACUGGAAAGACUUAAAGUCCCAAUGGGUGAAAGGCUCUGAACUUUUGCAGAGCAUACUAGCCCCUGGUGAUUCGGAUCCCAAUCACCAAGAAAAGAUCAAGGCGAUGGAGGUUCUCUGUAGAGACGUCAUGAAACGCCUCCGCGACGACCAGACUAAACGUGAUCCAACUAGGAGAAAGAACGUCUACUUUCCAAGCUCCACAAAAAUUAACAUAUGUGAUGCAGCAGCUCCGCCUGACUUUCACCUAUUGCCUAAUAAUUCUGUAGUUAAAUCAGUACUUCAAGAACAAUCCAACCAAGCUCAGAUGAAUAUUCCUGAUUCUAGUAACUUUUCCCGUGUAGGUCUGAGUUGUAUCCAUGAUCAGAUUCAAUCACAGCAACCAGCCGUUCGAGCACCAGACCAGUCACAUGAUCGGAGUAUAAGUGAAAACAAUAAUCUACAAAUUGAUCCCUCUCUACUGUUGGCAGUAGAAAACGACAAUUGCCUGAUUGAUCAAAAUAUGUCAGAGCAAAUUCUGAAUCCUCAGCACGCAGAAUGUUACAUCAAUCAAAGCGACAAAUCUACUCUUUCCUAUUCAUUUCCCUUUACUGCAUACUUUCGAGCACAUCCUGGGUCUGAAGUACAAACUAGUUCUAGUGUUUGGAUUAGCACUGUAACUAAACUGUCAGUGGAAGAACUGCGACAGGCGGCUUCUGCAAAGUUUCCCGGUACAUUUGCGUUGCGAAUUGAGGGAGUUAUAAAACAGAUUUCCGAUCCUAUCCUCGAAGUAACGAUUCCAAUUGACCAGAACGAAGAACUUAGUAGUUAUUUAGAAGCAAUUCAGGGGAUGAAGCCGAUUUUUUCCGUUCAGUUAAUAUUCAAUACAUGGAAAGCGAAUGAUUAA